AUGGACACACUGACUGGAAUAGUUGGGAUUUCUGUAAGGAUCGAAUUGUGGAAGAAAUGUAGUACUCAGCUCGUGUACAUUCUGAGUGUAAUCGGUGCAAAGCUUAUCGCCACGGCCACAAAAAUUACGGCGGUUGAUAUGCGUUGGGGUGUACCAAAUGACAGUCAACUAGAUCAUCUCGGUCCACAGAUAUGCUACGAUGAGGUGGAAUUGUGCAAAUCUAUCUCGGUCGGUCCCCCAUUCAUUACCUUAUUGGGUCAACGAUACAGUGAAUUUGAGAUACCGUUCACCAUAAGUACGGAUCAACGGAAACUGCUAAUCGAUGGAGCAAAACAAAUGUACGGAGAGUCAUCGAAAUAUUUGGACGCACUUCAGGAUUGGUACGUGCGUGAGAUGAACAACACAUUACCGGUGUAUCAGUUGAAACCCAUCGCAGAAGCUCAUCAAAUUAUGGACAAAGAAUUUAUCAAAAAAUCUCAGAAUAUGUGGUAUGAAGCACAGGAUUGUCUGCAACAAUUGUUCUCUGAAGUCAUUCCAGUUCUGGUCAGCAACGGAGCGAUGAAUCAAACUGAAGCCAAACAAUUCUCCUGUUCCGUUACGGAACAUGAAAUCAUCCUAGGUUUACUGAAUUCGAGCAGACAGAUUCAACAGCGAUGCGCCGCAUUCAUUCGUACCAUAUCCAACCUGGAUACUGUCAUCAAACACCCAAAGUGCUGGAAAUUUCUAGAUAUGACCAAUGACGCACAACCGCAAUUGGACGAGACACGUUUUGGAUUGAUCAAUGAUUUGCGUGACAUUACUCUGGGAGCUGUUCUGAAAGAAAGUGAUAUUCGAAAAUACGAGGUUCCAUGGGAGGCUAUUGAAUCCGACGGACUGGAACGAUCAAUUUAUUCCAUGAAAUUUUGCAAAGAUUUCGAGAACAAAGUUGCCUCCCUGAUUGACCGGACAGUAGCCUCAAUGUCUUCGUUUGAAAAUGACGAUGUGUAUGUGGAAACAUUGCAACAUUUGAAUGCAUGUCGUGCGUAUGUGGAAAAUUUCCAGGGACGCAAGGAUGUCAUCGAUGCGAUUAAACAGUAUGUUUUGAGCUCAUCCACCGACCCGUUUAUUAUCUUUGGGCGCUCGGGAAGUGGUAAGACUUCCGUUCUGGCAAAAGCGGCCAGUUUGGCUCGUAACUGGAUACCCGAACACGAGCAAGAAGGGGCCACGGAUGACCCAACCAAAUUGACUCAACACCGGAGCAGAGCUUUUCUACGAAAACUGAUCCAAUUAACUCCAGGAGCAAAAAGUGCUAGACAAAGUCCUUCCCCGGGGAGUGCUGUAACUCCCGAACCGUUCAAAGUGACCAAUNAACGAGAAUCUGCCAUUGUGAUGGUUCGCUUUUUGGGCACUAGUCCAGGAACCUCGUCAAUUCGACAAACGCUCAGAUAUUUGAGUCGACAAUUGUCCAUUUGUUUAUCACAAGAUUCCGUCCCUAACGAAUUCGAUCCCGAGGCAAUACGUAGUUUAGACGAUUUUCAGCAACUUAUCGUGACAUUUUACUCAUUGUUGGAACAAUGUGCUCUUCACAAACGGUGGGUUUUAAUCUUCUUGGACGCGAUCGAUCAACUGACACCGUCCGAUGGCGCGUACAGUCUGGGCUGGAUUCGGACUCCGUUGCCAAACAACGUGAGAAUGGUUAUUUCCACUUUGCCUGAUGUUGAUGGAAUUUUGGACGCCUUUUGUGAACUUUUUCCUAUCCCCGCUUGCAACAGAGAACAGACGCAAGAUGAUGAAAUGGUGGCCCCGGUUUCGGAAGCCGAGCAAAGCACGCGGCAAACCAGAUCGAAUUUUCUCGAAGUACAGUCACUGGAUAGUGACACGUGCGAGGUUAUCUUGAGAGCCCGAUUGGCAAAUCGUAAUCGAACACUACAACCGUUCCAGUGGCGUUUGGUUCGACGAGCAUUUGAAAAGUGCCGAUUGACAUUUUUCGUGGUCCUGGUUGAUCGUGUGGUCAGAAACUGGCGUUCUUGGCAUGUACCGGAAUUCGCGAAAUCUGAAACGGAGAAUCAGCCAAAUCUGAAUCCCAUCUGCACCGAUCGGGAGGCUCGUGAGGCUGCUAAGGAAUGGCCCAAUUUGGAUUUGGCCUUGACACUACGUGACGCCAUUAUCCGUUUCUUCGACUCACUGGAACGUUCUCAUGGAAAAAUUCUCACUUCGCACGCGCUUGCAUAUAUAACCGCGUCACGAGGAGGAUUGAGUGAGGCUGAAUUGGUCGAGAUCUUAUCUUUGGACGACGAAGUAUUGCGUGAUGUUUUUCAACAUCAUUUACCGCCGCAAAUUCGUGCACCACCUUUUGUAUGGGCUCGCUUGAGGGGUGCAAUCGGACAUAACCUAGUCGGGCGUGAGGUUGAUGGCAUUUGUGUGAUAUUCUGGUACCAUCGGCAGUUUAUUGAAGCCGCCCAGAAAUAUUUCUUUUCCGAUUUGGCUUUCAAACGCAAAAUACACUCUAUCAUGGCCGAUUAUUUUCUUGGAAAAUGGGCCGGGCGUAAGAAGGUCUUUCAUUAUCCCGAAUACCUGAUCAAAAAGUUGAACUUACCGGAGUACAGUGAAGAGGAUCGAGGAAUGCCCCAACAACCGUACAUUUUUGAGGAACAUAAAGCAAAUGCACGAACACAGCAUUUGAACUUGCGUAAACUAAAUGAACUACCAUGGCAUCUGGUCCAUUCAGGACGCGUGGAAGAAUUCUAUCAGGAGGUGGCUUUCAACUAUGAGUACCUGUACAACAAGCUGCGCGGAACAUCCAGAUCCCAACUUUUAAUGGAUCUGAAACUACCUGAAGCUGACUAUCAAGGAUUCCUCAAGGAGCAGGCUCGACGUUCUUCGCCGUCCAAACAGGGGGAUAUAGAUUCCCCGGUGAAGGAUACACAGAUCCGCAAAGGUGGUUUGGCCAUGUCGUUCUAUCCGUCUGGAGUCGCAUCACUGGAGGAGUUGAACAAAUAUCGUCCUGAACGUCCAGUUGCACAGUUAUCACUACUGUUCAACAGUUUGCGUAUUUCCGCUUUGAGUUUGGAUGCGAAUCCGCAAUGUUUGCCUAUUGAUCUGCUAGGUCGUUUGUCUCCCAUACCGGUGAUAAAUGCACCAAACGCAUUGAACGCGUACCGUCGAGGGUCGCGUUACAGUUCCAAUUUGAGCACAUUGAGUUCUUCAAGGAGAACGCGAGGUCGAGGCAGUCUGAAUCUGUUUACGGGACAUUUAAAAAAUAUACUGAAUGGUGAACAAUACUUGACGGGGUUAUUACAAAGAUGUCGUAUUCAAAGUCUGGAACAUUGUGUACUAUUUCCCCGAUCACUGGGUUUCGAUUCCGGCAGUGGUUCGCUUCAUACUGCGUUCGAUUUAGGUAUGGGAAUCGGGUGUUUAAUGUCAAACAAUCUCAUUUUUGUGAUUCCCAUUGCUGACGAGACUGUGAGUUGGUACGAUCUGGAUGGAACACUUGUCAAAAAGUUGCCCUUCCCCGAGGCCUCGGUUUUUACUCUAAAAGGUCUGCUUCGUCAAGCGGUUCCAGCUGAACCGGAGGUUCUGGCAAUUGUACCGGAUCGACAAAGUUCUCCCGAACCGCAUGGAUUGCGCUCACGUCGAGGCACUAUUUCGGACAGUGAUGAUAGUGACACGGAGCCAAAUCGGAUUAUGAAAGUUGCUGAACUGGACUGUUUUACUGGUCGUGUGACGAAUGUAUGCAUACUGAGCCCCGAAUGGUCCAAAAUAUUCACAGUCCAGAAUACCGUAAUGAUUAUGGAACCAUGGCUGGCAGCAAAGGUGAACGAUGUGUUUGUGCUAGGGAACUGGCAUAAACAAAAAAUUGUAGUCAACCACGGUGAUUUACGUCAGGAUUUAUUCUGGUAUUGUGCAUUUGUGAAACACAUUUGUUUCUCACUGGAUUUGGCUGCCUAUGUGAUCGAUACGAAGACGCAUCGAAUGGCUGUCUUGCCCAAAACACAUGAGGAGUGUUUGAUCAACCUCUCCGUUCUCUAUUUGGGCACGGUCGUGAGUCUACAACGAAACGCGGAUGAAUACAGUCUUCGGACCUAUCAGACUGUGACCGAGGCGUCCGAAAUCCCAGAGGUUGUCAUAGAUGCUGUGGUUGAUCGGAUCAAUUUGCAACCAUGGCAUCUGAAGGAAACUAAAACCUAUCCACUCCCAGUGCCGAGCAAAUUGAAAAUUACCGAAGUCUCAUCGUUCACCAGUCACAAUACGGAGUUAAUUGCAUUCUUGUAUUCGGCUAGACGUCGAGAGGCGCAAGGGUUCGGUGUCAUAUGGGAUCAUAAUGAGGAGGAAUUUGUAGAGCUUCAGCUACCCAACUACACGGAGAAUGAGGCGUUCAGUGUCGAAGGAGAUGCCAUUCAAAGAGAUAUACUCAAUUACACCGGAAACUUCGGAAACGGAUCUAUCGCUGUGUUCAGCCAUGAUAACGAUGUGCUAUUCACGUCCGGCCAGAAAUGUUUUAUGCUGGUUUGGAGCACCACAACCGGCCACCUGUUACGUGUCGUGAGUCAAGGCUCGGCCGAAGGAUUUAUCUGCGGCCUGUCACCACCACCACCGGUGGCGGUUGCCACAGAGCCGGGUUGGAAUCAGGGUGAAGCUGAACGGGGUUCGGUGAUUGUGAUUUGUCACUUCCCGGACGAGUCGGCUCCACAGUAUGGAGACUCUCCUGAUCAGGCAAUGUUCAUCAUGUGUAAAAUUUACAAUGUGGACUGUUUGAGUAAACCGGAGAAAAAAUUAGCCGAGCUUGGCAGUACGUUGUACGACACACCUACGGUCGCCGAAGUGGAAGACACCAGUGGAAAAAUUCUUACCAGUACAGAAUCAUCCGGUGAGCCGUUAACGUUUGAACCAACUAUUCAUUCACUGGAAUAUGUGACCAAUGAUUCGCUACCAACACUGAUGUUUGUCAGUAAUAAAAAAGAAACACGUUCAAUGUCCGACAGCUUAGGUCUGUACGACAUUGAUGAAGAUUGCACUCGUCCGGUGCAUAGUUGGUCUGGCGCGGAGGUUAACGCCAAAUCUCUGGAUGCUUUCAUUCAUACGGAACAGUUGAUGAAUUGGCCCUCACAAGGUGGAACGCAGUUGGCCUUUCUGCACCGCACAAUGAAUCGUGUUCAAAUAUUGACUGUGUUUCAAAGUGAACUCGACGAAUCACAGAAUCCGAUUGUUUGCGCGUUUCUUGAUCCCCUGGAAAUUGCGGAAUAUCAGCCCAACAUGUAUCUGCACACCGCGAGUGGAUCACUAAGGGACUUUGGUUUGAUAAACACUCGACUCGGGAUACUUCUGCUUGUGCGCACAAUGGGGUCUAAAGUCAGUUUGAAACUUCUUGUGAGCAACAAAAAUUCCGGUCUUAAAUCCCUAUGGGGUGAAGAACCCCAAGUAAUUUCGUGUGAAAGUGCCUUACGGUUGGCGGAGACAGCGGGUAAAUUGAUUUUGACCAACCGAGGAAUAGAAGAUCUGAUUCUGACACAAAUCGCAUUCCGACCGAAUCACGAGACGCAGUUGAUUCUAGGCUGGUCUGAAACACAUCAGUCCUUACAUGCUGUGACUCGAAACGACGGUCGAGUAGUGGUAUGGGUUGGGGUGCUGGUGAUUGUGGACCUGGGACAAAUCGGUAUCGAUGAAUUGGUCGAGGAAACGGAUUUUCAAAUCGGGACUAGUCCAUCGAUUUCGGAGGAUGAGGAAAAGAUCAAUUUGUUGAAAUAUUUCGACGAGACCGGACUCGCCGAAGUGCUCGAGACCGCGAUGCUAGAGGUGGUGAACAAACGGCCGGCAGACCCAAUCACGUUGCUAGCACACACCAUACAGCAAAUUCAUGCAGACUAUCAUUCGGGCUAA